UGAACUGAUACUAGUAUCAGACUCGUAGCGAGCAAGAACGUUGACAAAUUUCGUCCAGCUAACAUAUUGAACCCCCUUUGUUCCUUCAUCUCCUCGCACCUAUUUCACUAUGGCAUAUUCAUCCGUUAUGCUGCCUGUAGCCGUCUUGUUAGUUAGCGUCUUUGGAAUGUCACAUGCUCUAGACGCCGACAAAGCUAUUUGCCAGGCAACUGGUCAUGCCUAUAGCCAGGUUACGCUGACCAGAACGUUCGUGUGCGAGGCCAAGGAUGCUUACAGAAAGCUGCCUUCAGUUUCGAUCGCAACGCAGAUAUAUAUGCCACGCGGAUCAGUUACACCAGCCGAACUACAAACCCAACCGUUGCUGGCUCAGUACAGCGCGAUUCUGUCGGUGCUCAAGACCACUCAAGACCGAAACUACUACGGCGUAGCCAAUACCUAUAAGGCUAUCCUGAACGCCGCACCUAACGUCGCUGACAAUGGUCCCUUCACGAAAAUUGGAGGCGAAAUGGCUGAUAUUCAAAAAUCACUCAACAACAUGAUGACCCUAGUCCCCGGCUUCAGCUUCCAAUACACGCAAUCACUACAGCGUCGUCGGUACCCUCGGCCAAUGUCCUCUUACAAGAACCUUGCGAGAUACCACUACGAUCUGCAAUGCUGGAACUUGGGCAUGCUGGAAGCAACUUGCUUGACGUUGGGUGACAUACGCAUAACCCUUCAGAACGCAUUGAACACCUACUGCACCUAACCGCCCGAGGCCGCUGAGACACUUUCUUUGUCAAGCCUUUCGCUUGCGCUUGCCGACGCAACCUGUCAGCAGAUUCUUUCCAACACGUUGGAGAGAUGGCUGCAUGCACCGCCACAGGAUCAUCUCCCGUUAGAAUGGUUGUUAUGUGUAGUUUGUUGAUCUUGUGUCUUUCUCAUACACUGUUACAGUGCAAUUGCCUUCUUUCUGUUUUGGUAGUAUCGUUUACCCUCUCCACUUUACUGGUGCAUGUUUAUGCGCCAUUCAAGUUCUACAAUGGAGAACUGGAAUGCCUCCUUUACAUGUAACUUUCAGAUUCCUUUAUAUGAUUUCUGCGGCGGAAGAAAGGAAGUGUUCUCGAAUCCCAA